GCUACCCGCUGCUACCCGCCGAGCCCUCUGGCUGCUGGGGACCGAGCACCGACAGACAUCGAGCCCGACCGAACGACGCCGAAGCCGGACGCGAACAUGGCGGCUUAACGCUCGCAGCGGAGAGGACCGGGCUCAAUCCGUGUUCCGGGUUUUUUUUUCCGGGGGGGAGUGCGCUGUCAACAGCCUCCGUGACAUGUGAGAUGUGCCCGACAGGAUUCUAACUGUGCGUUACUGCAGCUAACUAGCUAGCGGCUACCACCCCCCCCCCCCCCCUCCUCCUCCUCCUCUCUAUCACAUUUAUUUAUGGUGACUGGUUCGAUCUGUUUUCUCAACCGUCUCGCGUCCCGACCGGAGGAAGAUGAAGAAGUUCAACAUCAGGAAGGUGCUGGACGGGCUGACAGCCUCGUCCUCCUCCGCCGCCUCGCACUCCGCUGGCUCCCGGGAAAGCGACGCCGUGCAGGAGGCUCUCCAGUCGGAGCAUUUCCAGCUUUGCAAGACUGUGCGUCAUGGCUUCCCAUAUCAACCGUCCUCGAUGGCUUUUGACCCCGUGCAGAAAAUCUUGGCCGUCGGGACCCAGAACGGAGCUUUGAGGCUCUUUGGCCGCGCUGGUGUGGAGUGCUACUGUCAGCAUGAGAGUGGUGCUGCUAUCAUCCAGCUCCAGUUCCUGAUCAACGAGGGGGCGCUGGUGAGUGCCUUAGCUGAUGACAGCAUCCACCUGUGGAACCUGAGGCAAAAAAUCCCAGCUAUCCUGCAUUCUCUCAAGUUCAGCAGGGAGAGGAUCACAUACGUCCACCUGCCCUUCCAGAGCAAAUGGCUUUACAUCGGCACAGAAAGAGGAAACAUCCACAUUGUCAACGUGGAGUCCUUCACCCUCUCAGGCUACGUCAUCAUGUGGAACAAAGCCAUCGAACUAUCCACUAAGACACACCCAGGGCCUGUAGUGCACAUCAGCGAUCACCCCAUGGAUGAGGGAAAGCUUCUGAUUGGAUUUGAAUGUGGUGUAGUGGUGUUGUGGGAUUUGAAGUGCAAAAAAGCUGACUACCGCUAUACUUAUGAUGAGGCCAUCCACUCAAUCGCCUGGCACCAUGAAGGAAAACAGUUUGUUUGCAGCCACUCCGAUGGCUCUCUGACCACAUGGAAUGUACGAGCCCCAGCCAAGGCUGCACAGAUCAUCACGCCACAUGGGAAGCAGCCUAAGGAUGGAAAAAAACCAGAACCUUGCAAACCUAUCCUGAAGGUGGAGUACAAAACAACGAGGGCUGGGGAACCAUUCAUGAUCCUGUCUGGAGGUCUGUCUUACGAUACAGUGGGGAGGAGAGCCUGUCUGACUGUGAUGCAUGGAAAGAGCACUACCGUCCUGGAGAUGGACUACCCCAUUGUAGAUUUCCUAACGCUGUGUGAAACUCCUUAUCCAAAUGACUUUCAGGAGCCUUAUGCUGUGGUGGUCCUGCUCGAAAAGGAUUUAGUUUUAAUAGACCUCGGACAGAUUGGGUAUCCAAUUUUUGAAAAUCCAUAUCCUCUGACUAUCCAUGAGUCACCAGUGACCUGCUGUGAGUACUUUGCUGACUGCCCUUCUGAACUUAUCCCUGCACUUUACUCCGUUGGCAGUCGGCAAAAGAGACAAGGCUACAGCAAGAAGGAAUGGCCCAUUAGUGGUGGAAACUGGGGCCAAGGCACACAGAGUUACCCAGAGAUCAUAAUCACAGGACAUGCUGAUGGGACAAUCAAAUUUUGGGACGCCUCAGCAUUAAUGCUUCAAGUGCUGUACAAGCUGAAGACUGCCAAGGUGUUUGAGAGGGCUCGUGGUAAAGAAGAGAAGCCGAGCACAGAUAUCGUAGACGAGGACCCAUUUGCCAUCCAGACCUUGUCCUGGUGCCCUGAGAGCAGGAUGCUCUGUGUGGCCGGAGUGUCAGCGCACGUUAUCGUCUAUAGAUUCAGCAAGCAAGAAGUCACCACUGAAGUUGUGCAGCUCCUGGAGGUGCGGAUGCAGUGUGACUUUAGCGAUGUGGACUCUCCUGAUCCUGGGGGGGAGCAGACUCCCACCCUACCAACACCAGGAUCUGCCUCCAGCCCUCAGGAGACUGAGCUGCCCACUCAGCCCUCAACAGGCAGCAACUCCUUGGAUGGACACCGGGACAACGUACCCUGUCUGCAGGUGCGGAGCUCCCCGCUGAAGCAGUCUCCGGGCUACCAGGUGGAGCUGGUGAUCCAGCUGGUGUGGGUGAGCGGGGAGCCACCUCAGCAGAUCACCAGCCUGGCUAUCAACUCCUCAUAUGGCCUUGUUGUGUUUGGAAACAGCAACGGUCUGGGUGUGGUGGACUACCUCCAGAAAACUCUGCUCCUCAACAUGGGCACGUCCGAGCUGUACAGCCCAUCUGACCCCUACCAGAGGCAGCCCUGCUCCCCACGCAAAGCUCGGCAGCUCUCUGGAGGAAUUAGCGAGUCCAAUGAAGGAUCCAACGCGACAGAGGACCGCUGCAAAUCCCCUACUUCAGGAUCUACCUCACCAUGCAAUUCAGAUGAUGAACGAAAACAGAAGUUCAUUGAGAAGGUGAAGUUAAAAAGCAGACGCUUUUCCAAGACGGUUGCCAAUGACUUUGCCAAGAUGUCUCGGAAAAUUAGCCAGACUAGUGAGCAAAAGCCAGACCAUGAGGAGGGCUUCCAACGAUGGCGCUCUCUCACAUGUAAGAAGAGCAUUAAUUGUAUGACCAAAGGCCAGGCAGCGUCCAGGAUGAGCCAGAAGGCGGACGUAUGUAGAACUAAGUCUGCUCCCGACUCCUAUGCCAAGGACAACUCGUUCACCCGCUCGCGUAGUUCAAGUGUAACCAGCAUAGAGAGAGAAUCUCGAGAGGUCAUCUCCGCCUUUCACUUCUGUGAGAGUUUUCCCAGGAAGACGGACAGCCUGCUCAGCCCCUGUCUGCUGGUGGGAACCACCCAGGGCUCUGUGAUGAUGGUGGCCCUCAGCCUGCCCGGAGGGGACAGCAGGCUGCAGCAGCCGGUCGGCAUCUCCUCCUGCGGAACUCUAGUCAAACUGAAAGGAGGCAUUUUGACGAUGGCCCUGCUGGACUCCACUGGAACUCUGCUGCCCCCUUCCUAUGAGCCAUGGUAUGACCCAAACGCCUCAGAUGAAGAGAAAGAGAAGGAGAAGAGCCGGAGGCGCAGGCCAGCCUCCCCUCCCUCGUCACAGGAGGGUCAGGACCACCAGUUCGCCGUGCUGUGUUCGGAGAAACAGGCCAAGGUGGUGGCCCUGCCCUCUCAAACCCGCAUCCACAAACACAGCAUCACAGAGAGCUCCUUCUUGCUAAGGGCUGAUGUUGUGCUGAUGGCCGGAGAGAACUGCAUUGCCUGUUUCUGUGCUAAUGGGCAUAUCAUGACUCUGAGUUUACCCAGUCUACGGCCUAUGUUGGAUGUGAACUACCUGCCGCUGACGGACAUGCGGAUAGCCAGAACGUUCUGCUUCUCUAACUUAGGUCAAGCCCUGUACCUCACGUCCCCCACCGAGUUCCAGAGGAUCACCUACAGCCAGGACACCUGCAACAACCUGCAGGAAAUGCUCGGUGAGUUAUUUACCCCUGUGGAGACACCAGAGGCUCCGAACAGAGGUUUUUUCAAAGGCCUUUUUGGUGGAGGAACUCAGUCUCUGGACAGGGAGGACCUCUUUGGAGAAACAGCUUCAGGUAAGGCCUCGCGCAGCCUGGCACAGCACAUCCCUGGCCCAGGCGGCAUGGAGGGCAUGAAGGGGGCUGCGUCAGGGGUGGUGGGCGACCUGGCCCGCGCCCGGAUAGCUCUGGACGAGAGAGGGCAGAAGCUGGGCGAGCUUGAUGAGAGAACGGCAGCCAUGUUGGCCAGCGCAGACUCCUUCUCCAAACACGCCCAUGAUAUGAUGCUGAAGUAUAAAGAUAAAAAGUGGUACCAGCUCUGAUGGCAGCGUGUGGAGCAUCGAACUCUGUUAACACCAGUGUCUCCAUGGAGCUGCAGGUCCCUCUUCUUCUCUUCUCUAUUUCUGUCCACGUGGUGGUGGUGGUGGGGGGGAUUCUGCUUACCAGACCCAUGCUUUAAUUCUCAGCACAAUAUCAUACACUCUGCAUUACCUCAGUCACCGGAGGACAGCUGAGGAGCAGACACUGGUGGACCCAGCGUAACCAGAAUGGAGAGGAAAUGGAAGAAGAGAAGCUCUUCGGAUUCUCUCUUUUCAUUUCAGCGGAGAGCGCUGAUGUUCACGUAGCACCAGUCCGACGAACAGGAGAGAGAGAGAGAGGACCUUCCAUAUCCAUCCAUCAUGCGCUCAUAUAUAGCUCACAUAUAUAUCCACGCACCCUGCUGUUUUUGUUCUGAAGGAGGAAAGACUAUACUGCAAAACAUGUACUUGUGGUGGCCUGAUUGCGAUCAUUCCCCCCCCACACACCCCCCCCCCCUUCCUGUGCCCUUUAUGGUGUCUGCGAAACAUAGUGGACUCAAAUGAGGAGAAAAGUCUGAUGACCCCUUGUACUUCAAAAUCUAAUCAAGUCAAUGAAGUUGUUCGUUUCUGUAGGAAUGAUUGUAUCAGUGAAGGACUUGUGUUUGUUUGUUUUGUCCCUUUCUUAAUUAUUUUUGUCAGUCUGUGUUUGUCCUUUUUGUCCAGAAAGGGCCUUUCAAGCACUUAGAGCCGUGAUAAAAAAAAUGGACAGGGAGAUGAUGAAUCUUAUUGCCUCUCACUGAGUUAAGGGCUAGUAGUACGCUAGUUCAUCACCGACCGUUCCUUUUAAGAGCAUUUUCCAACCAAGUUGUUUUAGGUGAGAAAGAUAAAUUAUGUGUUUUCUGAGAAGUCACUUUGGUUUUAUUUAAAAAAAAUUCAGUUAUUUAUUGGAGCAGUUUAAUAGAUAGGAAUUAAAUGAGUUUGUAUGUUGGGCAUUACAUUUUUUUUUUCCUCAUCUGGUAGUAAAAUGAGCAAAAAAAGUGCUGAAAGUGUUUACCCCCCCAUUACGAGUUUACAUCAAUCUAUCAGAAAAAUUAAGAGUUAUUACACUGGAGAACUCCUGAAGGUCUUUAUAUACUUCUAGCUUUCAUGGGGCUGUUGCUAUGUCACGUAUGAGAAGGAUGAUAAUGUUGAAGGGCAAGAUAAAGAUUGUCCUUAAUGUAAUAAGCAUAAAUGUAUAUUUUGGUUACAAUUUUAAGUUUUUUGUGAUAAAGAUUUUAUCUAUACAUGAUUAUUCAAAGUUCUUUCUUUUCUUUUAUUUGUUUGUUUUCGGUCAUAGCUGAAGUUGAUUUUGGUCUUGUUUCUCAAUGUGUAGGUUAAAAAAGCAUGUGUCUCUCACAGCACAAUGGAAAUGGUAUAGCUGUCUUUGUGUGUGUGUGUGUGUAGCUGCCAGUAGGAAGGACCCACAGCACGGCAGUGUCCCACUCAGUGCCAGCGGUCAUCUUUCUCUUCUGCCUUCGCCUCAUGACGCAUAUAUGCUAACCUCUACCUAUGUGUAUAUCUGUGUGUUUGUGAACAUACAUAUAUUUAAAGAAUAUGUGUAUGGGCACCAAUAUUUAUAGUACUACAAAGAUACAGUGUAUUACAAUAGGUCCUUUGAGGUAUUUGUGUUUGCUUGACAGUGUUUUUUCAAUGUGAUUAACUAGACUUCUACUGUAAUAUGAUUUCGGUUCCAUGAGGUGCAAGGAUAUGCUGCUAUUCUGUGUCGACGUAGGAGCAUUAUCAGUUUGUCUUUUAUUUUGAAAAGAGAGAAUAGACCUCUGUCAGUCUAGGUCGCUGCCAAAUGUUGUAAAUAACAGGGACAGCUGGACACAAAUCUGACAGUGCAGGUUCAGGGCAACGUGACAUUCUGUACGCUUGCAGCCAUGUUCUUUUCCGACACCAAAGAGUUGCUUAAUUUCACAGAGUUGUCUUGAUUUUCCCAAAUGGUGUGAGAGUCAGUCUGGAUUCCUGGGACAGCACUACUAAGCCAAGAAGUCAACUGUGUGUAGGGGUGAAAACAGAUCAGCUUUAGCUUCUUCCUGCAGGCGUGACACCCUCAUUGCUGUCCCAGGCUGCUGUUGGCGUGUUCAGACGGCAGUGGAUUUGAAGAGUUCAUUCCAAAAUGAGAUAUCCACCAAAGAAAAUCAUGUAAGACAGACUCAUGGCAAACGGUCGCAGGCAUAAGGUUAAACUCGAGAGAUACUGUGAGAGGUUUUGAGACGUUUUCUUAGAUUGGAGAGUAUUAAACCGUGUAGACAUAGGAGAGGUUUCAGUUAAACCCAAAAAAUGUUUUUCUCCCAAGAUGGAUAUAAAGCAUUUUGGAAUAAAACCCUUCACUUUUAACUGGCUGGUUUUAAUCUGCUCUUCUAAAAACUACUGAGAUAAACCCAGACAGAGCAGGGAUGUGGGUUUUGCACUAUUUUUUGUACUUAGAAUUAUUUUGUUAGUAUGAUUUUUAAUGUGUUUUAAUUCUUUCGUGUCCCAUUUUCUUCUUUUUGAAAGGACCAAACCAUGACAGAACUUAUGCUUAUCUAUGUCAUUUGCCAAUUAUGUUGAUUGCUUCACUCUCAGAUUUGUUUUCAGUGUAAGGUUAA